GUCUCUGUUUUGGAUCUCGGUGUCUCCGUGAUUCCGCUGCUCCGCUGCUAUCUACUCGGAGUCCGAAAAUCCAGUUCCAGUUUAUCCCCAGCAGGCAGCAUGUGCGGACGUAGUGCUGCUCCUGCUGCCGAAUUUUCUUAUCGCGCUCGCGUGCUUUCCACCUGAGCAUCCACCACCGGCUUAUCGCUUGUUUAUCGGACGCAGAUCAAAAUCGAAGACUCAGAUAUCGAGACUAGUUUCCGCUAGCAGUGUUUGUCGAAAAUCAAUUGUAAUGCUCAGUAAUGAAGAAAAUAUAUUAAAUAUUAUAAAUCGAGUGCAUAACCAAACGAGUGUCUUUCCCCUGUUUUGUUUAAAGACAUCAUAAAAUUCCAUAACGAAAGGACAAUGUGAUUUAAAGUGAGUUUUAAUAGUGAGAAAUGAAUGUAAAAUAUUAAUCAAACACAAAUUCAACUGGCGUACGUCGACAAGGCAAAUUUAUUCCCACGGUUUCGCAAAAUGCAUUUCGAGUCGUAGUAAUAACUCCACCGAUUUACCCAGAGAGCGCGCUGAUCUGAAUCGUUGAAAAUGGGCGAUACUUUGGACGAGACGCUGCCCUCGCGACGCGACAAGCCGCAAACAUUGAACAUUGGCCAGGAGGAAGAGAGUGUGGGUAUGGGUACCGCUCCCGCUCCGGCACCCGCGUCCUCCAUGGCCAUUCCCGCUUCCCGCACACCGCGCACCCGGCUGCGCCACGCGGAUCGGGAUCAGAAGCGCGAACACUCGAGCGACGGUUUGGUUUCGAGUGGCGAGCGGCGGGACGAAUUUAUGGGUCUCGAGGCCCAGCCGCGGCGCGAAAGCCUGAAUAGUUGCGAGGCCGGCAGUCCGGUGGGCAUGUCCUCCAGUCCCGGCAAGACGGGCCAGCGGCUCAACAGCUCCAGGUACCCGUCCAGCGGCUCCAGCGGCGGCAUCGGAGUGAGCGUCCUGGGCAACCUAGUGGGCACCACCACCCGCAAGUGUGUCCUGACGCUGGACGGGUACUCCUAUGUCAUAGUUGCCAGCACGCCGGAGAGUUUGCCCAACAAGCGGGACGAGGCAAGUGCUGGGGCAGGCAGCACCGGCGGCAGCAGUGGUGCAGCGAGCGGGGUAGCGAGUGGGUCGGCUGGACCUGCAACUGGAACUGGGACGGGAUCUGGAGCCGGAGGAGCAGGUGGUGGCAGUACGCCGGCCCAAGAAGCCGUCAGUCCCACGGCCUCCGAGCUCAGUGGCAGCGGCACGAAUGCGACAAUAAAUGGUCAAGUGGCAAGACACGGCUCACUGACGAUUAUCCGCCGCACAAACAGCCGCAACUUCACUCAAUUCGACGGCCAGUUGGCAUCGCCCUCGACCACCGCCUCCAGCAGCACUGUUCCGGCAACGAACUUCGCCCAGACGCCGCUCAGUGACCCACUUGCGGAGCGCCUGAGCCUCCGUUCCGGCAGCAACGGAGCCACGUCCACACCCACGCCCGCCGGCGACAGCCGAUCCAGCAACCAGGCCACCAGCUCCGGGCCAUCCGCCAACGCCGCCGCCAAAAUGCAGCCGUCGUCGCCGAACGCCACCAACUAUCUGGCCGACAACAUUCAGGCCUCGUCGGCCACUCUAUCGCAAACGGAAGUGAUCCCGGGUCGCGACUCGACGGACUAUACCACCAUGCACUCGAUCAACGUCGGCGCCGGCAACAACUCGUUCCUGCGGGGGGACACCGACAUUCCGCAGGAGUCGGGACACUCCUUCGAAACGCCCUCGAAUAUCUCGUUCGCCGCCGGGCAAUGGGAUACGGAAAGUUUGCCGCCAGUCGACACGCCAGAUGCCCUUAACAAAGCCGCCGGGAGAAUACGCAGUCUUCUCCGUCGCAUGGACCAUGAGACCGUGGCCUACGAGGAUAUGCAGCGCAAUCUACACUACGCGGCUCGUGUACUCGAAGCCGUCUUCAUUGACGAAUCAAGAAGCCCCACAACAGGUAAAACAAAGUUGGGGCAGAUUGCGUCCUCAUCCGUUGAGAGCGAAGAGGAGGGCUGCAACGGCAACUGCAAGAACCUGAGCUGCAGUCGGCACAGCCACGGACGAGAUGACCAGCAGCAGCAGGACAACAACAACUCGAACAGCAGCUGCAGCCUGCAGGAGGUGGCUCCCGGGGGAGCAGGCGGCGGGGGGGCCCCGCCGGCGGGCGACAACCAGGACAGCAUAGAGGGUCGCACCAAGGGCGUCUCCCUGGCGCCGCAGACCCACGGCGGACCCACUGGGCCCCCAUCCUCGCCAGACACCAGCUCCGCCACCCCACCUGCCCCCAAGCUCCAGCCCGCCCUGGAGACCGUAAGGGAAUCGGUGAUGGAGGAGGGUCCUUCGAAGGACCCGGGCGACAAGGCAGCCCCACCCACCACGGCGCCGAGUGCCAAGGCGGCGGCGGAGGGUUCGGGGGCCAGCGGCGGCAGCAGUGGCAGCUGCAGUAACCCAGCGACCGUGUACCGGCAACGGCGCCUCAGGACACCCACCUGGGCCAGGUCCAUGUCGACGAACAAAACGCGCCUGGCGGACGAGGACGAUGAGCUGUCGGAGGUGCAGCCGGAUGCAGUGCCCCCGGAGGUGCGCGAGUGGCUGGCCUCGACCUUCACCCGCCAAAUGGCCACCAGCCGGCGCAAGAGCGACGAGAAGCCCAAGUUCCGCUCGGUGGCCCACGCCAUCCGGGCGGGCAUCUUCGUGGACCGCAUGUACCGCCGCGUCUCCAGCUCGGCCCUCACGGCCUUCCCACCGGACGUGGUCAGGCUGCUCAAGAACCUGGACGACUGGACGUUCGACGUGUUCGCGCUGACGGAGGCGGCCAGUGGCCAGGUGGUGAAGUACGUGGCCUACGAGCUGUUCAACCGCUACGGGUCGAUCCACAAGUUCAAGAUAGCGCCGGGGACGCUGGAGGCGUUCCUGCACCGCGUGGAGGAGGGCUACUGCCGGUACAGGAACCCGUACCACAACAACCUGCACGCCGUGGACGUGAUGCAGACGAUCCACUACUGCCUGUGCAACACGGGCCUGAUGAACUGGCUCACGGACCUGGAGAUCUUCGCCUCGCUGCUGGCGGCCCUGCUCCACGACUACGAGCACACGGGCACCACCAACAACUUCCACGUGAUGUCGGGAUCGGAGACGGCCCUGCUGUACAACGACCGGGCUGUCCUGGAGAACCACCACGCCAGCGCCAGCUUCCGGCUGCUGCGCGAGGACGAGUUCAACAUCCUGUCGCACCUGUCGCGCGAGGAGUUCCGCGAGCUGCGCGGCCUCGUCAUCGAAAUGGUCCUGGGCACCGACAUGACCAACCACUUCCAGCAGAUGAAGGCCAUGCGGCAGCUGCUGACGCUCCAGGAGGCGACCAUCGACAAGCAGAAGGUGCUGUCCCUGGUGCUCCACUGCUGCGACAUCUCGCACCCGGCCAAGCAGUGGGGCGUCCACCACCGCUGGACGAUGCUCCUGCUGGAGGAGUUCUUCCGCCAGGGCGACCUCGAGAAGGAGCUGGGCCUGCCCUUCAGCCCGCUCUGCGACCGCAACAACACCCUGGUGGCCGAGUCGCAGAUCUGCUUCAUCGACUUCAUCGUGGAGCCCAGCAUGGGCGUCAUGUCCGACAUGCUGGAGCUGAUCCUCGCCCCCAUUGCGCCGAUGAACAAGGGCAAGCCCGCCACCCUGGUGGAGCAGGAGCCGGUGACCUCCUCGAUCGUCAUCCCCAACUCCGGGAUCACCCCCAGCAUGGACAAGCCGCGCGACCGCAACGAGGUCAAGGCCACCGCCGCCGAGUGCCUCGCCCGCAAGAGCGUCACCGGCACCACCUCCAAGUUCAACAUACCCAAGCCCUGGCUCACCUGCCUGGUCGAGAACAAGAGGAUUUGGAAGGAGCAGGCCGUCAAAGAUGCUGAGGCACGAGCCCUGGCCACGGCAGCGGAAGAGGCCGCAGCAGCAGCCGCGGCGGCGGAAGAGGAGGAGAACAAGCCGAAAGCGGAAGCGGAAGCGGCCGAUGGCGAGCAAAGUGAGGCAGCCGCGGAGCCGGCAGAUGGCGCUGCCGCCUAAAGUGGCCGCCACGCCACCUGGCGGGCAACGACACCGGGAGGAAAGAGGGAACGCGGAUGCAAAACACAAAUACAGAAGGAGACUUGGGGAUGGCUACACUGAAAGAAUCCUGUUUACUAAGCUUAGAGCAGUCAGAAUAUUAAUAGCAAGCCGCUUCAGAUGCGCUCUCUAUGUGAAUUGUGGUAGAGUUAGACUAGUACAUCUUGUAGGCUUAGAUGCGGCACAUUAAUAUCGAUAUAUAUGUAUAAAUACCUUAUACUGUGUUGUUGACAGCGGAAAACCUUGCAGAACAAAGGGAAACCCAAGGAAAUUCUAGGGCCAAGCACAAACAAAAACGAGUAGAUGUAAAUAGCGAAGGUUCAACUGAAAUUUGUUGUGAAUUUGUUGGUUCGUUGCGAGCAUUUAUCUUUAGAUUUGAGUUGUACGUGUCUCUUAUUAGUUCUAGUGAAAUGUGGAAUUUAUUGUAUGAUUUCUAUAAGUUCGAUGUAUGCGAUUCGUUCUAUUAAAUACAUAUAUUUUUGUA